AUGGCAACCCUCGUCUCCAGAUCCCUAAUCCUGCUCGUCGUCCUCCUCAUCCUCUCCGGCGCCCUCUCCGCCGGCGCCCUGCGGUUCGACCUCUUAUCGGGCCAUACCAAGUGCAUCUCCGACGACAUAAAGGUCGGCGCAAUGGCCGUCGGCAAGUACCACAUCGUGGAGCCCGAGGGAUCCUCGGAGCUCCCGGACUCCCACCGCAUAUCGCUGCGGGUCACGUCCCCCUACGGCAGCAGCCUGCACUACUCGGAGAACGUGCAGUCGGGCAACUUCGCCUUCACGUCGUCGGAGGCCGGGGACUACCUCGCCUGCUUCUGGGCGCCCGACCACCGCCCGCCCACCACCAUCGCGUUCGAGUUCGACUGGCGCAGCGGCGUCUCCGCCAAGGACUGGAGCAGCGUCGCCAAGAAGGGACAGGUCGAUAUAAUGGAGCUUGAGCUCAAGAAACUGGAGGAUACGAUAAAAUCUAUCCAUGAAGAAAUGUUCUACCUUCGUGAAAGGGAGGGGGAGAUGCAGGUACUGAACGGGAGAACCAACACAUGGAUGGCUUGGCUCAGUUUCCUCUCACUUGGUAUCUGCUUAUCCGUGGCAGGGUUGCAAUUGUGGCAUCUGAAGAACUUCUUUGAGAGAAAGAAGCUGCUAUGACUUUCUAUGACAUGAAG